UGCUUGAAUUGAUGAGGGCAAUUUGGUGUGGCGGUGGAUAAGGAGAAAUGCAGUAGGUAUGGGUUGGGGUUUUGUUCCCCCCCAGUAGUAUUAGACCUACUGCUGCUCAUUAGAUGUAGGCUGUGUGGUUGGACAAUCUGCGGCACGACACGCAAGGCCUACAGCAAAAAAUAAGAACCAAAACAACACCAACAACGAGAGCAGUGAAGCCUUAGAAAAGUAACAACAUGAUGUUCACUUUCAACAGCACCGCAGUCCUAUAAAGAGGCCUAGCGUUCAUUCUGACCAGUGGCAGACCGCGUACUCACACGUGGAGAGCAGACCUCUGCACACAGUGCGGUUAUGGGAGGAAUGCCAUUGUAGGCUAUUAAUGAUGUCUGAAUAAACGUAAUGGGUUCGAGUUAGCACUAUAACAAACGAAAAAUAUCAUAAAUAUCAUAAAAUAAUCUAUUCUUAGGUUAAUUGCGAUAAACAUUGAUUCACCUUUUAAAAGGACAAGUUAUAGCCUUUUCCGGAAAAAUAAAUUGCAGAAAUGUUUUGUACCGGAUGAGAAUAAAUGAAAAAAAAGCUUGCAUUGCGGAUAAAGGCAUGGUCAAAGAUAGCCUACAGGCAGGCGUGAGCAUCACGCUCAAAGCGGGCCUAACUAAAGUGUCCGGCCGCAGCUAGAUGCGCAUCAAUAGAGCGCAUUCAUCUCGUGUUAGAAUACGUGGAGUGAACAAUCUCCACAGCACCACACACUCCUGCCAAAGAAACAGCUCAAGUUAAAAAGAAAAAAAAGAAAAAGGAGCACAACACACAGGCAGCACAGCGGGCUGCAUCAAUGCGUUUCUGCACAACGCAGCCAGCCAUCCUGUAAAUAUUUCCGAGGAAAAACAAAACAGUGAAGCUGGGUGCGCAAUUGUUUUUCCCGUCUUAUCUCUGCGGGACAGUAUCCUGCUGGUGGGUGCCGCCGUGGUGAAGGCAGGGCUUUCAGUGACACACAGCUUCCUUCUCCACAGCGGUGACUUCACUUCCCAAAUUUAGAAGGAAAAAAAAACCAUCCGGUAAACUGUCUCUUUCUCUGCGCGACAUACCGGGGACUGGGAUUAAUGCAGGAGUGUGUCAUGUAUGGAAUAUUGUCGGGGUCCACUGAAAAUUGCGCAAAAUGGACGGAACUAUUAAGGAGGCGCUAUCAGUGGUGAGUGAAGACCAGUCGUUAUUCGAGCCACCGUACGCUGCUGCCGCCCCCCUCCCCAAGACAGACAUGACCGCAUCUGGAACACAGGACUAUGGCCAGACCCACAAAAUCAACCCCUUGCCCCCGCAGCAAGAGUGGAUCAACCAGCCAGUCCGAGUCAACGUCAAGCGGGAAUAUGAGCACAUGAAUGGAUCCAGCAGAGAGUCCCCAGUGGACUGCAGUGUAGGUAAAUGCAAUAAGUUAGUUGGGGUCAAUGACAUAUCUCAGAUGAACUACGGAAACUACAUGGAUGAGAAGAACGCCCCGCCUCCCAACAUGACGACCAAUGAGAGGAGGGUCAUUGUUCCCGCCGACCCAUCAUUAUGGUCUCAGGACCAUGUUCGCCAGUGGCUGGAGUGGGCCAUCAAGGAGUACGGGCUGCUGGAGAUGGACACGGCCAUGUUUCAGAACACGGACGGCAAAGAGCUGUGCAAGAUGAGCAAGGAGGACUUCCUGAGACUCACCACCAUGUACAACGCCGAAGUGCUGCUCUCACAUCUCAAUUACCUCAGGGAAAGUAGCUCGUCAUUAUCCUACAAUGCUCCCACUCACGCGGACCCUUCCCCACGGCUGGCCAGCAAAGAAGGUAGGCACACACACACACACACACACAACCACGCACACACACACAAGUUCACUCCGUCCACCUUGCCUGCAGAUUCACCUGCUGCUUCCAAACGUUCCUCCUUCAGCUCAACACAACCACACUACUUGCUGCUUAGAGGUCGACCCCACUGCAAACAGAAACACAGAAACAGAUGCAAUUGAAUUGAGAUAGUUAUAAAAGAGAUGACAACAUGAACAAUGAUGUUAACAGAGUAAUGGAAAACAAUGUCUUGUUUGAGCUGAUCGUGGUUGUCAACGUCACCCACACCCUCUGUGACAGUCAGUUAAAAACAAAUCAACCACGCUGACAAAUGGGUGAGACAGAGAGAGACAGAAAGACAGACGGACAGCGAGGGAGAGAUGCGGAGAGAGAGAGAGAUGAAGUGUGAGAAAGAGAUGAAGAGAGAGACGUGAAGAGAGAGAGACAAAC